AUGCAAGCCAAGCCCGGCGCCUGCCGCUUGCAGCGGGCGCCGGCUCCUCUGGCCGGGCGCAUCCGGCCGCUCCUGCCGCGGCCAGCCCGCCCGCAGCCGCUUCAACCUUCGCUGGCGCGCUCCCGGCUCGUUCCCGGUCCCCAGCACCAGCGCCAUCGAGUGGCGCUCGCGGCGUCGAGGUCGGGGAAGAAUGGCCGGAAGCCGCAGCCGGAGCGGCAGGUGAGCGCUUCCGAUGGGCUGGACGGGAUCGAGGAGGGGGGGUCGACGCAGGCCACGGCCAAGCAGGCUACGGGGGAGGCCAGACAGCCUCUGGAGCUCACCCUGCGGCUGGACCCGUCGUUCGCGGGCGCGCUGGGCGCCGCUCGGAGCGUCUUCGCGAGUAUCUCCAAGGCGCUGCUCAGCCCGAUCGUGUUGGUGGCCAGCUGGCUCGGUAUCAAGCGACGAAGAGAGGGCUGGCGACUCAAGGUCGAGGCGGAUGCCAGCCCUGACAACGCGGACGCGCAGGCUAGCUACUACCACCACCUCAACCAGACCGAUCCCAAGGCCGUCAUCACCAGAUACGAGUCUCGGCGCUACGCCACUAACCGCAAGGCCGUCGCGGAGUACCUCGAGGCGCUGGUCCGCACGGGCCGCUUCGCCGACAUCGCCGCGGCGGACACCUCGUCGCCGCACCUCUCCGCGCGCCAGCGCCGCCGCCAGGCCCGCGGGCUCGCGAACAGCGCCGGCACGCCCCCGGGCAUCGGCGCCCCCGCCGCCGCGAACGGCCAGCCCUCCCUGACGCAGCUCUUCGACUCCCUGCGCGAGCAAGCAGAGCAGGGAGAGCAGCAGUCGGUCGCGAGUGCGGCCGCGGGGUCCGCGGGGCGCCCGAUGCACGUCGUCGUGCAGGGCUGGCAGGGCGGGAAGGCUGCGGGCGGCGGCGGCGUGCUGGCGGUGAUCAACGCGGUGAUCAAUGCGCUGGUGGGCGGGUUUGUGCUGGCGGCGAUCCUGGGGAUCUUCGUGCUGAUGCAGGACAAGGGCGCGGCGGCGGGGCGCGGGAGCGAGAGCAAGGAGGGGCGCGCGAACAAGGGCGGCACCUCGAUGGGCACGGACGCGGGCGUCGGGUCGGACCUGGGCUUUGGGCCGGGGUCGUUUGCCCCGAAGCAGUAUAACAAGGACGUCGUGCCGGAGAAGUCGCGGAGGACGUUCAAGGACGUGCUGGGGUGCCCCGAGGCGAAGGCGGAGCUGGAGGAGGUGGUGGAGUACUUGAAGUCCCCGCAGAAGUUCACGAAGCUGGGCGCGAAGCUCCCGAAGGGGGUGUUGCUGACAGGCCCCCCCGGGACCGGCAAGACGCUGCUGGCGCGCGCCGUCGCGGGCGAGGCCGGCGUGCCCGUCUUUUACCGCUCCGGCUCGGAGUUCGAGGAGAUGUACGUCGGCGUCGGCUCCCGCCGCGUGCGCUCGCUCUUUGCCGCCGCCAAGGCCAACGCGCCGUGCAUCGUCUUCAUCGACGAGAUCGACGCGGUGGGCGGCACGCGCAAGAUGCUCGAGAACCAGACCAGCAAGAAGACGCUCAACCAGCUCCUCGUCGAGAUGGACGGGUUCGAGUCCAACGAGGGCGUCAUCGUCAUGGCCGCCACCAAUCUGGCCGAGUCCCUGGACCCGGCGCUGACGCGCCCGGGCCGCUUCGACCGCCACGUCAGCGUCCCGCUCCCGGACGUCGCCGGCCGCCUCGAGAUCAUCAAGCACUACCUGAAGGAGAAGCCCGUCGCGCCCGACGUCGACGCGGGCAAGGUCGCGCGCGGUUCCGCGGGGUUCUCCGGCGCGGAGCUGUUCAACCUGGUCAACGAGGCCGCGCUGUCCGCGGCCAAGGCCGGCGCGGACCGCAUCAACAUGGCGAUGCUCGACGAGGCGCGCGACAAGGUUCUCAUGGGCGCUGCGCGCAAGAUCGCCGAGAUGCCCGCGGAGGAGCGGAGGCUGACGGCGAUGCACGAGGCCGGGCACGCGCUGGUCGCGAUCCGCACGCUCGGCGCGACGCCGGUCCACAAGGCCACGAUCGUGCCGCGCGGCUCCGCACUCGGGCUCGUGCAGCAGCUCCCGGACAAGGACGAGUACAGCCAGAGCCUGCAGCAGAUGCUGGCGCGGCUGGACGUGUGCAUGGGCGGGCGCGUGGCCGAGGAGCUGAUGUUCGGGCCGGAGAAGGUCACGUCCGGCGCGACGUCGGACCUGAAUCAGGCCACGCGGUUGGCGCGACACAUGGUGAUGGAUUGCGGGAUGUCGGACGCGAUCGGGCCGAUGCAGGUGGACCCGCGGCACCACUCGCAGGAGACGCAGCGCAUCGUGGACCGCGAGGUCGCGCGUCUGCUGCGGGAGAGCUACAAGAGGGUCGAGGACAUGCUGCGGGCGGGGGUCGCGGAUCUGGAGCGGCUGGGGAACGCGCUGCUGGAGCACGAGACGCUGACGGGCGAGGAGGUGCGGCAGGUGCUGGACGGGACGUUCACGAAGCCGCCGAUCGGCGCGGCGCCGCUGGUGGCGAGCGCGGGCGGCGGCGUCGGUGGGGGCGGUGGGGGGGAGUCGGCGAGCAAGUCGGACGCCGCGGGGACGACGGAACGGACCCCGACGGACGUGCAGGGGCCGCGCGAGGCGUCGGCGCGCGUGGGGGAGGGGCAGAGGGAGGCGGACGGCGACGCGCAGAAGCCGUGA